AUGAGAUCUGGAGGGUAUUCCGAGGAGCACCAUGAGAUUCCAACUAAUACUGUCGAAUACACUAAACCGGUGCAUGUACCAGUCGUGAAGAAGAUCGGAAUUCCUGUUCCUCAUCCAGUGGGAAUACCAGUUCCUCAAGUUAUUAAAGUCCCGGUACCACAACCGUACCCAGUUCACAUUCCUGUACCACAACCGAUUGCUGUACCAAUCUACAAGUUGGUGCCACAAGAAAUUGAGAAGAAGAUUCCGAUUGUUGUUGAGAAACCAGCUCCAUACCAUGUAGAGAAACCAUACAAAAUCGAAGUUGAAAAGCAUUAUCCAGUUUACAUACCAAAACCAUACCCAGUCCAUGUACCAGUCUACAAGCAUGUUUACCACCAUGUACCAAAGCACGGAGGAAGCAGCGGUGGACACAGCGGUGGAAGCAGUGGAGGUCAUGGCUGGCACUGA